ACCUUGACCAAAAUAAAAGGGGACUUUAGAUAUGGAUAGAUAUCUGAAGAUAUAGAUCGUAACAUAGACAGAUUGAGGAUAUAAUGUCAUUCAAGUUCCCUUCAUUUAAUUUACAGUCGAUUCAAGAAUCGUUGGCUAAAGUUGAUUUGGAAAAUUUCACCAAAUCUACCGGUAAAACUGUUCAAAACUACUCAGAACUGUUAAAAGAAAGCCUUCAACCAUUAACGGAAAAGACCACCCAAUUAAUUAAUGGACAAUUACAACAAGUACAACAAUUAGCAUCGACCCAUAGUAACUCUAAUAUUGAAAUUAGUGAAUUACCAGCAGAUUAUGUAAAUUUAGAAAAUAAUUGUGAUUUAUUAUUAAAAUUAUUUACUGAUUUAAUUCAAUUCACCAAUGAUACUUAUGGUAAAGUUAGUUAUGAUUAUCCGCCAGGAAAUUAUGCAUUGACCAAAUUACGUGAUGCACAAGUAGGAUCAGCAAUUGGUAAUAAAUUUAAUCAAUUGAAAAACGUUUCAUCACCACAAGAAUUAGAAAAAAUUUUAUUAGGUGGUAAUGAACAUGAUGAACAGGUAAAUAUUCAAACCACUUCUUCAAAAUUACCAAAAACAUUAUUUGGUCAAUUAUCUUCGAUUACUUCCAAACAUGCAGAAGAUUUGAAAAAUUCAAACGAUUCUCUUUCUUUCACUUUAUUAACUAUUUCUUCUACUUAUUUAGAAAUUGCUAAUUCAAGAUUAGAGCAAGAUGACAAAAUCAUGAAUCAAUUAAAUGAACAAUUGGUGCUUAUCUUGAAUGAAGAAUUCAUUAAAGUCAAUGAAUUACGUAAAAAAGUUUAUUCUAUUAGACUGGAAUUUGAUUUAAUCAGAUCUAAAUUAUCAAACGAUGAUGAAGAAAAUGAAGAAUUGAUUUCAAAAGAAGAUGAAUUAGUUGGUGCUACAGAAUUAGCCGUCAAUGAAAUGAAAAAAUUAUUAAAACCUUCUAAAAAUAUUAACUUAUUGAAAAUCUUCAUUGAAGCCCAAAGAAAUUACUUCGAAUUAAGUUAUAAGAAAUUAGAUUCUUUAUUAGAUAACUUGAAUAAAGUCGAAGUAAACGAUGACGACUUUGAAUAG